CCCGGGCCCAGGAGCAGAGGGUCUGGGGGCCGGGAGCCGGGGAGGAGGGCGACGACAAGGCGGGGCCGGGGCGGCUCGCGGUGUCGGGCGGUUCCGGGGGCCCGGAGCCUGGGGCCGGGAGGAGGGCAACGCCGAGGUGCGCGGGACUUCCUUCGCGCGGCCUCCCGGAUUAUUUUCGUCCAGAAAUCCUGCUUGGGCCGAGCGCCCGAGCGCGUGGCUGGUCAGGCUGAGGCUUCGGGGUGCGGGGCGGGCGUCCGAACGGUCAGCGCGAGACAAGGGCCACCUCCGGGGCCACCUCCGGCGCAGACAGGUCUGACUGAGGGCCGCGUGGCUACUUGAGGCACGGGGGAGCUGACCCGGUGGCGAGGAGGCGGCGCCAGAGGCGCUCGCGAAGGUGGUUUAACGGAGGCGUAAAGACCUUGCACCGCUGGAGGUGAGAGGAUCAAAUCGGUUCCAGCCCUGACCAGGCCUGCGUUUCAUCAUGGCCCUCUACUUUGACCACCGCAUAGAAGCCCCAGAUGCAGUUGGGUCUCCCUCCCACAUCAGUUGGCACCCCGUUCACCCAUUCCUGGCAGUCGCUUCCAUUAGCACAGCCUCAGGAGGCAGUGUGGAUAUAUAUCGGGAGCAAGGUGAGUGCGUGCCAGACACGCAUAUUGAGAGGUCGUUCCGGGUCACCUCCCUCUGCUGGCACCCGACGCGGCUGAUCCUGGCUAUUGGCUGGGAGACCGGAGAAGUGGUCGUGUUUAAUAAGCAAGACAAGGAGCAGCAUGUGGUCCCCCCGACGCAAACCGCCGACGUCACCGUCCUCAACUGGAGCCCCAACGGGAACUGCCUGGUAUCCGGGGAUAGGCUUGGUGUCUUGCUCUUAUGGAAGUUGGACCAAAGGGGUCGAGUACAAGGGGCACCGCUGCUGAAGCACGAGUAUGGAAAACACCUCACUCACUGCAUCUUCCGGCUCCCCCCUCCCGGCGAGGACCUCGUUCAGUUGGCGAAGGCAGCUGUAAGUGGUGAUGAGAAAGCCCUGGACAAGUUUAACUGGAGGAAGUGUGGCUUUGGAAGUUUCCUGAAAAUGGGACCUCAAGAGGGACUCUCAUUCUUUGUCAGCUUGACCGAUGGGACCGUGCACUACGUGGACGAGAAGGGCAGGACGGCCCGGGUGGCGUCCACGGACAGCUCUGUUCAGACGCUGUUCUACCUGGAGAAGAGAGAGGUGCUGGUGGCAGUCACCGAGAGCCUGCUGCUGUGUCUGUUCACGGUGAUGCCCGAGGGCACAGCCGAGGAGGUGAUGAAGGUAAAGCUGAGUGGAAAUAUGGGUCGCCGGGCAAACGUCGCCCUGAUCAACGGCAGCCUUCUUGUGACCGCCACUGGGGAGGCGGUCCUCAGAUUCUGGGAUUUAGAACGAGGAGAGAAUUACGUACUGAGUCCAGAGGAGAAGUUUGGUUUUGAAAAAGGAGAGAAUAUGAACUGUGUUUCUUACUGUAGAGUCAAAGGUCUUCUGGCAGCAGGUACCGAUAAAGGGCGCGUAGCCAUGUGGAGAAAAGUGCCAGGCCCCCAGAGCAGCCAAGGGGUGGAGGGCAAAGACAGGUGGACCCUUCAGAUCCCCACUGAGCUUGAAGGAAACAUCACACAGAUAAAGUGGGGCUCCAGGAAGAGCCUCCUGGCAGUGAACAGCAUCAGCUCCGUGCUCAUCCUCCGCGAGCAGGCCAUGUCGUCCCACUUCCACCAGCAGGUGGCCGCGGUGCAGGUCUCCCCGAGCCUACUCAGCGUGUCCUUCCUGUCCACGGGGGUGACGCACAGCCUGCGUACAGACAUGUACAUCAGCGGAGUGUUCGCCACCAAGGAUGCUGUUGCCGUCUGGAAUGGAAAACAGGUGGUGAUCUUUGAGCCUUCUGGAGCCACAUUACGAAGUGCAGGUACCUUCCUGUGUGAGUCUCCAGUGUUAGCCAUGCACGAAGAAAACGUUUAUACGGUGGAGCCAAACCGAGUCCAAGUUCGAACGUGGCAGGGGACUGUGAAACAACUCCUGCCAUUUUCCGAAACAGAGGGGAACCCAUGCUUCUUUGACAUCUGUGGAAAUUUCCUGGUUGUAGGGACAGACUUGGCUCACUUUAAAAGCUUUGAUCUAUCCCGAAGAGAGGCGAAGGUGCACUGCAGCUGCAAGAGCCUGGCAGGGCUGGUCCCCGGCGUUGGGGGCAUGGCCUCCCUCAGGUGCAAUGCCAACGGCAGCAAGAUCAGCAUCCUCCUCAGCAAGGCUGACAACAGCCCCGAUUCCAGAAUCUGCUUCUACGACGUGGAAAUGGACACAGUGACCAUCCUCGACUUCAAGAGGGGACAGAUAGAUCAGAGAGAGACAUUGUCCUUUAAUGGACAGGAGACUAAGAAAAGCCAGGCCCUCGCAGAUGAGAGGCUGACGAAUCUCGUGCCUGUGAGCCACUUCUGGGAUCAGAGUGAGCCCAGGCUGUUUGUGUGUGAAGCCGUGCAGGAAGUGCCGGGCGCCCCGCUGCAGCCAAUGGACAGGAAGGCCCUGGGCGAGGCCAGCACAGGCCCCACGGCAGACGUGCUGGUCCUGUCUUUCUUCGUCUCUGAAGAGCAUGGCUUCAUGUUGCAGGACAGCUUCCUCCGGCCUCCCGUCUUCCAGACGCUCCUGGGAAUCCAAGUGCCCCAUUAUUACUUCAUGAGAAAGCCAGGAGAAGUGGACCUCGAGGACCAGGUGGACUCCGGGUCCCAGCGCAUCCCCCAGACAGUGGGCAGGAGGCCCCUGCGGGACUUCGUGGGGCUAGAAGACUGUGACAAGCCCACGCGGGACGCCAUGCUCAACUUCACCUUCUUCCUGGCUGUCGGGGACAUGGACGAAGCCUUCCGGUCCAUCAAGCUCAUCAAGAGUGAGGCUGUCUGGGAGAACAUGGCGCGCAUGUGCGUGAAGACUCAGCGGCUGGAUGUCGCCAAGGUGUGCCUGGGGCACAUGGGCCACGCGCGCGGAGCCCGGGCGCUGCGGGAGGCUGAGCAGGAGCCAGAGCCAGAGGCCAGGGUGGCCGUGUUGGCCAUACAGCUGGGCAUGCUGGAGGACGCGGAGCAUCUGUACAAGAAAUGCGGGCGCUACGACCUCCUCAAUAGGCUCCUGCAGGCAGAGGGCCAGUGGCAGAGGGCCAUUGAGCUGGCUGAGCGACACGACCGUGUGCACCUGCGCACCACCUACUACAAUUACGCCCGGCACCUGGAGGCCAGCGGGGACUGCAGCCUGGCCCUCAGCUACUACGAGAAAUCAGACACGCACCGCUUCGAGGUGCCACGGAUGCUGGCAGAGGACCUGCAGGCCCUGGAGCUAUACAUCAACAAGAUGAAGGACAAGACCCUGUGGAGGUGGUGGGCCCAGUACCUGGAGAGCCAGGCCGAGAUGGAUGCCGCACUUCGCUACUAUGAGCUGGCGCACGACUACUUCUCUCUGGUCCGCGUUUACUGCUUCCAGGGCAACAUCCAGAAGGCCGCAGAGAUAGCCAGCGAGACCGGGAACUGGGCGGCCUCCUACCACCUGGCCCGCCAGUACGAGAGCCAGGACGAGGUGCGGCAGGCCGUGCACUUCUACACACGCGCCCAGGCCUUCAACAAUGCCAUCCGUCUCUGUAAGGAGCACGGCCUGGAUGACCAGCUUAUGAAUUUGGCCCUGCUGAGCUCCCCCAAGGACAUGAUCGAGGCCGCACGCUACUACGAGGAGAAGGGCGAGCAGAUGGACCAGGCGGUCAUGCUGUACCACAAGGUGAGGCCACCCACUCCAGGCCCCAGGCACAGUGGGGCGCCCAGACGGUGCUGCUCAGAGCUCCCCCGCUGUCCACAGGCCGGCCACUUCUCCAAGGCCCUGGAGCUGGCCUUCGCCACACAGCAGUUUGUGGCCCUGCAGCUUGUGGCAGAGGACCUGGACGAGAAGUCAGACCCCGCCCUCCUGGCCCGCUGCUCCGAUUUCUUCCUGGAGCACAGUCAGUACGAGAAGGCGGUGGAGCUGCUGCUGGCCGCCAAGAAGUAUCACGAAGCCCUGCAGCUCUGCCUGGAGCAGAACUUGACCAUCACUGAGGAGAUGGCUGAAAAGAUGACGGUGUCCAAGGACUGCAAGGAGCUGUCUGAAGAGUCCCGGCGUGAGCUGCUGGAGCAGAUUGCCAGCUGCUGCAUGCGCCAGGGCAACUACCACCUGGCCACCAAGAAGUACACGCAGGCAGGGGACAGGCUGAAGGCCAUGAGAGCACUGCUCAAGUCUGGGGACACUGAGAAAAUUGUGUUCUUUGCUGGCGUCUCGAGGCAAAAGGAGAUCUACAUCAUGGCAGCCAACUACCUGCAGUCCCUGGACUGGCGGAAGGACCCGGAGAUCAUGAAGAGCAUCAUCAGCUUCUACACCAAGGGCCGGGCCCUGGACCUCCUGGCCGGCUUCUACGAUGCCUGUGCCCAGGUAGAGAUCGACGAGUACCAGAACUACGACAAGGCCCACGGGGCACUGACUGAGGCCUACAAGUGCCUGUCCAAGGCCAAGGCCAGGAGCCCACUGGACCAGGAGGCCAGGCUGGCGCAGCUGCAGAGCAAAAUGGCACUGGUGAAGCGCUUCAUGCAGGCCCACAGGACAUACACCGAGGACCCCAAGGAGUCGGUCAGGCAGUGCAAGCUGCUCCUGGAGGAGCCGGACCUGGACAGCACCGUCCGCGUCGGGGACGUAUACGGCUUCCUGGUUGAGCACCACGUGCAGAUGGAGGACCUGCAGACGGCCUACGAGUACCUGGAGGAGAUGCGGAAGAGAGUGCCCUCCACCAACGUGUCGUACUACGUGAGCCAGCGCACUGUGGACGCCGUGCACCAGGGCCUGGGCAUCCCUCUGAUGUGCACCAUGCCGGAGCAGAUGCGCCACAACAACAUGGAGGACCACAAGGAGAUGGACGAGGAGGUGAUGGAGGAGGUGGAGAAUGGCCCCUGAGGGCCUGCCGCUGCCCAGGCUCUUCUGGGACUUGCCAGUCAUUAUCAGUAGCAGGAGCCUGAUGUUCUUGGUGAAAGUUUUGUGUCUGAGUCCGUAGGCAGAGCUGUGGGAAAAUGCGCUAGCCUCCGAGGGGCAUCAGGGGGAGGGUCUCUAAGCCACCCCUUCUGAGUCCCUGACCCCUGCAGGGUUUUGUUUUAGCCCCUUGGCAGUCAAGGGAGUUGGUUCAUUUUUCCCAUGACAUUCCCCCAAGUACAGGGUGUAAAGCCUAAGAAACUGAGGGUGUCCCCAUAUUCCCGCCCCCCCCCUCCUGGCACCCACACAGGUUGCCCAGCAGUGCAUCUGACUGGUUCCCGCAGGACACCCCGUCCUGACCACAGGGAGACAACGGUUGGCACUGGGCUGCAUCGGGAGGCUCUGUCCAUCUAGGCCACGCCCUUUCCGUCACCAGCUCCCACCAUAAGGGGCCAUCAGGGACAGCACCAUGAUGGGGGCGGGGGGGCUGCCUCAUGCUUUCCCACCCCCAGCUCCACCCACCAGCUGCCGAAAUUCUCCAAA